AUGUUCUCCAUCGAUACUUUUAUUCGUGGUCAAAUUGAUGAUGGCAAUGAUCGUCAUAUCUCUGGUUGUGGUGGGUUGCUUUACAGAUUGCGUCGUGGCCUUAUAUACAGUUUGGGUGUUGCUGAUCGUCUUCCUUGUCUUGAUCGUGAUGGUUAUAGUCUUGCUGAUACGCUUUCGUCUAACUUCUUUCCUCUUUCUGGUCAUGAUGGCUGGGAAGAGACAUAUGACUAA